GCGCCCGCCCCCCGCCCCCGUCAUGUGGAGCGGACGUCACUCGCCUGCACUGUAACCCAAGAAGUGAAAGAGACGGGGACCCACGGCCCAACUUCGCACCGUAACAAAGGCGGGGGUGCUCUCUGCCGCCCGCCAUGCUUUCCAGGUAGGAGACGCACGUCGUCCUGGGAGGUGCGUCUCCGCAGCCGGGAAGCCAAGGCCCCGUCGGAAAAUGGAGAGAUAAGACGGCGUCUGGCAGGCCUGUGCGACAGAAAGCCGUGCCCGCCCCUGCCGGGGAGCCCCUGUCGCGGAGAUGGAUCGCAGCCGAGAGGCCGAGGUGGAGCUGAGGAGGGGCUCGAGCCCCGGCAGGGCCAGCAGGAGCCCCGAAGUGGACGGGGACAAGGCCAUGAGCCACAGCUGCUGCAUCUGUGGCAAAAGCUUCCCCUUCCAGAGCUCCCUCUCACAGCACAUGCGCAAGCACACGGGGGAGAAGCCCUACAAGUGUCCCUACUGUGACCACAGGGCCUCGCAGAAGGGCAACCUGAAGAUCCACAUUCGCAGCCACCGCACAGGCACGCUGGUCCAGGGCCACGAGCCGGAGGCUGGCGAGCUGCGGGUGUCUGAGGGCCUGGAUGGGUGCACCAGCCCCACGAAGAGCACCUCCGCCUGCAACAGGAUCCUGAACGGGGCCACCCAGGUGGACAACAGCAAGAUCCUGCUGAGGAGCAGCAAGAAGGAGGCCGAGGGCGCCGCGGGCGCCCCGGGGGAGGGCCAGGCCGCAGCCCAGUGCUCCUUCUGCAAGUGCAAGUUUGAGCACAGGAAGGACCUGGAGAACCACGUGCACCAGGCUCACAAGCCCUUCCGCUGCCGGCUGUGCAGCUACGUGACCCUCCGGGAGGAGUCCCUGCUGAGCCACAUCGAGAAGGACCACAUCACCGCGCAGGUGCCCAGCGGUGCCGAGGCGGACGCGGAGCCCGGCAAGCCCGAGCUGACCCCCGGGGAGUUCCCCUGCGAGGUGUGCGGCCAGGCCUUCAGCCAGACCUGGUUCCUGAAGGCUCACAUGAAGAAGCACAGAGGCUCCUUCGACCACGGCUGCCACAUCUGUGGCCGGAGAUUCAAAGAGCCGUGGUUCCUCAAGAACCACAUGAAGGCGCACGGCCCCAAGACGGGGAGCAAGAACAAGCCCAGGAGCGAGCUGGACCCCGUCGCCACCAUCAACAACGUGGUGCAGGAGGAGAUGAUCGUGGCUGGCCUGUCCCUCUACGAAGUCUGCACCAAGUGCGGGAACCUGUUUACAAACCUGGACAGCUUGAACGCUCACAACGCCAUCCACCGCCGGGUGGAGGCCGGUCGGACGCGGGCUCCGGCCGGGGAGGGCGCCGUGGUGCAGGGCGGCCCCCCGGACUCCCAGCAGCUCUUCCUUCAGUGCCUGAACCUGCGGCCCACGGUGGCCGGCGCGCCCGCCCGCGGGCAGGCCGGGCGGCGCGUGGCCGAGCUGGACCCGGUCAACAGCUACCAGGCCUGGCAGCUGGCCACCCGGGGCAAGGUGGCCGAGCCGGCCGAGUACCUCAAGUACGGCGCGUGGGACGAGGCGCUGGCCGGGGACGUGGCCUUCGACAAGGAGCGGCGCGAGUACAUCCUGGUGAGCCAGGAGAAGCGCAAGCGCGAGCCCGAGGCGGGCGCGCAGGGGCCCCCGCGCAAGCGGGCGGGCGCGCCCGGGGACCCCCCCGCCGGCCACGGCAAGUCCUCCGAGUGCUUCGAGUGCGGCAAGAUCUUCCGCACCUACCACCAGAUGGUGCUGCACUCGCGGGUGCACCGCCGCGCGCGCAGGGACCGCGACGGCCCCGGGGAGCGCGCGCCCCGUGCGCGCUGCGGCUCGCUCAGCGAGGGCGACUCGGCCUCGCAGCCCAGCAGCCCGGGCUCGGCCUGUGGUGCCGCCGCCGACUCCCCGGGCUCGGGCCUGGCCGACGAGGCUGCGGACGAGAGCGGAGAGGACGGUGCGGUCGACCCUGCUCCAGGGGGAAAGCCUCACCGCUGCUGCUUUUCCGAAGAGGUAGCUUCGACUGUGCUCUCCAACGGAGACCGGACUCACGCACCUGGAAGUAAGGCAUCAGAGACACAUAGCGGUGAGCCCGGAGCGGGGAGCGCAGCUUCUGUGUCCGCACUUGGAAACAGGAGCAGAGAUGCCUGCAAGAGAGCAGAGCAGCCGAGGUUUUCUGUGGACUUAAAGAUGCCUGCGUUUCACCCAAAGCGGGAGGUCCCCACCCCCAGGGACACUGCAGACUUCCCUUCGCUUUCGGACCAGACUUUUCCAGAAGGAGAUCUGCAGCUCUCGUCCGAGAGCCCGGCUCACCACCCGAAAGACAAGCUGUCUGACUUGCACACUAAGGAACACGCUGGGGGCGGACGGAGGGGGCCGGCCGCAGACCUGACCCCGCUGGACCUCAGUGACAGGUCGACCCGGGAUGACCCCGGCCGUAAGGAGCUGGCCUCCUCCCUGCAGGCCGCGCUGGCCGUCCACCCGUGCCCUUACUGCAGCCACAAGACGUACUACCCCGAGGUCCUGUGGAUGCACAAACGUAUCUGGCACAAGGUCAGCUGCAGCUCCGUGACCCCCCAGUGGAUUCCUCCCAACGGUUACAAGAGCAUCAGGAACAACUUGGUUUUCCUUGCCCGGAGCGGACGCACGGGGCCCCCGCCUGCCCUCGGGGGCAAAGAGUGCCAGCCCCUGCCCAUCGCUCGGUUCACGCGCACUCAGGUACCGGGCGGGGCGCCGGGGCCCAGAGGCGGUUCCUCGCCCCUGGGCGUGACCACGAAAGCCGCUCACCUGCCUAAGAGCAAGGACGGCCACUCCGGGGGCCCCUGUGCGCUUUGGGUGGCCGGCCCCGAAGGGCACCGACAGGCCAGGCCUGGCCACCACGGCCCCGAGCAGCACGGCGCCCCCACGCAGCUGCCCCUGCCCAAGCCCAGGCAGGAGGCCGGCCCCCGGCCGGGGCCCGCGGCGGGCGGCGGUGGCUUCAGCCGAAGCGCCACCCCGACGCCCUCAGUCAUCGCCCGGGCAGGCGCCCAGCCCCCCACCGGCAGCAGGCCGGGGGACAAGUGCGGCAUCCCCCCUGCGGGGGCCGGCCUCGGUCCCCCAAAUAAGCACAGUGCCCCGGACCCCCCGAAAGCCAAAUUCGGCCCUCAGCCUCAGGGCCAGCUGCACGUGAAAGGUGACGGGACCCCCGCUCUACCUCCCCGCGAGCCCCCCUCCAAGGCGGGCCAGGAGCUGCGGCCGCCGGCCAGCUGUGGAGCGGGCCCCGGGGGGACCGCGGCCUCGCCAGGCCAGCCCCCGCUGCACACCAGCAAGCAGGAGCCCGCAUCCGACGGCCACGAGAAGCGCCUGGACAUCCUCAAUAUCUUUAAGACGUACAUUCCAAAGGACUUUGCUUCCCUCUACCAGAGCUGGGGUGCCAACGGCCCUGCACUAGAGCACAGAGGGACGCUCCGGACGCAGGCCCGCCAGGGAGACUUCGCGUGCGCGGAGCGUGGGAUGUGCUUCCAGCAGCCCGGUCACCUCAGGGCCCCCACGCGGACCCACACGGUGGUGUUUGCGCCUAACGGCCCCCGAAGUGCUGAAGCCCACGCCCCCUCCGCAGACGCCCCCAAACAAGGGAGAGACCGUUCUAACCCAGAUACCGUCCAGACAGUGCCUCUCGGAAAGGGAACCUAAGGACGCGUUUCCAGUGGACCCCGGUGCCCCGUGACCGCCGUGAGCAGUCCCCUGGUGGAUGACCGACAGUGACCCCGACCGCCCCGCCGAGGACAGCCACCGGACUCCCGACCGGACGCCGCACAGCCCGCAGCGGCCGCGCGGCCCUGGAGGCCGACGGGAGGCGCCUGUCCUUGAGCGACCUUGAAGGAUAAACGAGGACGGGCCUCCCUGCAGUGACGCGUGCCUGCUCUCCGCGCACACGUGUGCUGUGCGCCCCAGGCCCGUAUUUUCCUAGACCAGACGGUGGUGGCGGCGGGCACGCUGGGGCACGGGCGUCCGCGUCGGAGACAAUGGAGGGGGACUCGUGUGCGCGUGGCAGAGACCGAAGAGGCCGAGCGCCGCGUCGAGGCGGCCGGUGCUCGCGGGGCGGGGGGGGACUGGCGGGUGACGCGCGGACGCGCGGUGGCCGAGCGGAGGCCGGCGGAGCGGUGGCGCCGCAGCCCGGCCCUGUCGCGGCGGGUGUUUAAAGUAGUCCGCGGAGGACAGGAAGGAGGUGGCGCCGGGGACGGCGGGGCCCGUGACGAGGGCCUGACUGUCCGGUGGCCUUGGGGGGCCCGUGCGCGUUACCCCGUUGGCUCUUUUCGUCCCUCCCAUCCCUUGUGCUCGGCCAGCCCGCGGAGGAAACACAUCUGUGGGAGGACGUACGUUCUGCUUCGGCAAAGAGCUAGUUAAACACUAAGAAAAGCAGGCUUCUUUGUUUAUUCUCAGGACCUUUUUGUAACAGGGCUACACUCUGUAAACUGCUCACGAAGGAACUGCCUGUCUUCACGAAUGCUCCAGCCACUGAACCCCCCCCCCCCCCGGUCUACACCCGUUUUAGUGAUGGCAGGAGAAUCCCUGAGCAGCUUUGGGGGCCCUGGUGCUCUGGAACCUUCUUUUCCCCCUCCCUCCCCUUCCCGUCUGUCCCUACACCAGCCCAGCAAGUCGGUGUCUUUUCUUCUUGGGCCCGGGGCCCUCCUCAGGAUGAGUUCCUUCAUUCCCAGAACGUGGAGGUCCCCAGGCCCGUGGGUGGGGGCGGCUUUAUAUACCUCUUCCUCAGUCCCGCAAAUGCAAGUUUUUGUGGUGGGGGUUAAGGCCCGUAACAAAGGAUCUUAAACCGUGCAGUGUAUGCAGUUAAAAUUGUAUUCCACAGAUAUAAAUAUUUUCUUUUCCUGUUACCGUGACACUGUGUGUGAUGGUAAUAUUUCUGAGAGUUUCAGAUUUUUGCACAUAUGAUUUUAUGCAUUAUCAAAAGUUACUGCUGCCUUGAAUGAAAAUGUUCUGUGAAAUUUUUUGCAAAAGCUUUACUAGGUUUUUUUUAAUUGUGAAAUUUUGUAAAGGCAGGAAAUGGAUUAAAAACAAGCAUGCUAAAUAUAUUUUUCAAAAAAGCAAUAAUUUUACAUGUACAGAAAUUAUCCUAACCUUUAAUACUGGUGAGAGCGACAGUUUACUUAAUACAGUAAUGGAUUCGUGCAGUUUUUUGUAGGAAACGGGCUUCUGAUACAAAGAUUUGUUGAAACGCGUGCGCGCGCACAUACACAAACCCUGACGUGUGGUUUUCCUGUUCUGAUGAUUUGUUGAAUUAUUAUUAUAUUAUUAUUAUUGUUGAUGUUGUUAUUAGUUAAUGUUUGGUUCUGGAUUCUACUUGUUACUGAGUUUAAAUUACUUGACGGUUCAGGUUACCUUGUGACACUUGCAGAUCAUGGAACGUAACUGGCUAGCUCACAUACACACGUGUGUGCACACACACGCGUGUAUACACGUGUAUGUGUAUACAGGUGCACGUGUGUGUGUGUGUGUGUGUAUGUAACUUUCUUACUUAUUUUUUCCCGAUGAUUCUUGCACCAGAAUGAUCUGUUGUGUUGGUGUAAUUGGGAUGUCCAUGAAGAUACCGUUACGCAGCUGGAAUAGACCGUUCUGUAAAGUCGUUUUGAGCAAAGUUGCAGCGACACAUUCCUCUGUUCACCUUGGAAGGCAAAAUGCCUUUUUGUUGACUUAUGUUUGAUCACUUUGAUAGCCUGGGUCCCCAAAGCGAUCAAUUCUGCAUUUCGUUUUCUUGGCUGAACGUGAGCAGUGACGGUUCAGGAAUGCACAGGGGCUAGUGACUCAGUCCUGUCUGUCUCUCUGUGUCCUAGUUAUUAAAAGCAACUCUGUUCCCAAAGUGACACGGGAGGAAGUGUCGUGUCCGUUCUUACUGUCCCAGAAGCGGCACGCCGGGGCCCAGCUGGCAUUCGGAGCUGGAGGGACCCUCCCGGGAGCCGGCUUCCCGGGGGCACCCGGUGGAGAGAGGGGCGCGUGCCUGGGGCCCCGUUGAAGAGCGCGCAGCCAAGUCAGCUGACGGAACUGUGCGUGCGUAGAGUGCAGACGUAGGUUUCACGUGACUACACAGACGUCUAGGACCCUCCGAGGAAGCCGCCCUCCAAGGCAGGCGCACCGUUCUCGGGCCUGACUGUGGUUUCUUUCUUCCACUGGUCAUCAGUAUUGUGUUGGUUUGUUAAUGCGUUUAUGUCAGUUUGGCCAUAGUAUUUAAUAUGAUUUGUGUUUUCUUAUUUAUUUAGCCAAUAUGUUUUGAUUCGCUGUUUUUCGAAUGAUAAUUUCCGCAUGAUCUCUCCUGUAGGUCACCUUCUGACUGUUACAGACUUCUACUACCUCUACCGAUCUGCUGUUUCCUUGUUUCUCAACAGGAUUUUUACAGUGUUGGCGUCUAAUGUAACUUAGACAAUAAAGGGUUUGGUUGUCUACACUGCAGCUUCUCGGUGUAUCUCCCCGCCCCCGCCUGCGCUCUCGCUGCUCCCGGCGCGGCUCUGUCCGUCUGGCUCUCCUUCUCGCCCUCUCCUGCUCCCCGCUCACGUCUCUUGCCCGUUGUUGAACUCAAAUAACACAUAAAUAAUAAUGAGCUUCUAGGAAUCUUUCAGGUUAUUCACUCAUAUUCCUUAAUUUGAAGAAUGAACAUGUAAAUUCUCUGAAAAGUCGGCAGGCAAGCCUCUUCUCUGGAAGACGGUCCCCUCUUGUGCCAUUUCCCUGCCCGGUUUCCGAAGGUCUCUUGGCAUCUCAGACGGAUACGUUGCACCUUGGUCUAAACACAGCACAAAUGUUCAAGGCAAGUGGAUUUUGCCUUUUCAGUUUUGAAAAGUAUUAAGUGCUUUGAGAGGUCCCUCCGAUAUUGACUCAUUUAGUUUUUAAACCAAGAAAGACACUGGUUUCCUGCAAAGAAGGUACUCUAGGAAGUCACUCUGGCUGAUGAUUAAACGUGGCCACUGGGUCAGGUCAAGCAAUGUCAAUUUUGACCAGUGUGUCAAGAGCCAUCUUCAGACUUGGCCACUCUGUCACGGGUUAUGUAACGUUCUAGAAACAUCUAUGUAAGGGGGCGCACACACACACACACAGAUAUAGUGACUUAGCACUCGGUUAGGAUGGCUGUAGUGUGGAAUGCGGAAGUAACAGGUGUCUCUCUGGUGUUUCCCAGGGAGCUGGCUCAGGGAACUGUUUGUUCUUCCCACUGAGAGAGAGAGGGAGAGAGAGAGAGAGAGAGAGGGAGUAGCUCACAGGGUAAAUAUUGCACUUUCUGUGGAAAGUGACAGCGCUUGUCCAUCUGUGCCCGAGGAUACUACACCCCCUGGAUUCUCAUGGCCACGUUCUCCUCACCAGUAAUCCUGCUUCAACGCAAAACAAGCCAUCGCCCGCCAAGCCCUGAGAGGCUUCCGUAAUGUACAGAAAGGAGGGACUGUACUUGCCUAACUUUUCCUUCCCACUUUGCAGACGAAGGAGCGUAUGCUGUUUUACUGCUUUUAACUUUGGUGAGUUCUAAUUGCAGAACGUUUUGUUCACUGAGAAAAAAAAAAAAA